AUGGGCAACACCGUCACCUGCUGCGUAUCCCCGGACGCCAGCCCCAAGCUCAGCCGGGCCCGCGGCGGCGGCGGGGCAGCGCCGGGGCCCGACCGCUGGGCGGACGCGUACCAGGCGGCGGCGGCGGCGGGCGGCGGCGGCGGCUCGGGAUCGGCGGAGGCCGAGUCGGGGGACUCGGAUCCCGGCGGCGGCGGCCCCCACCUCCAGCACAUCAGCGACCGGGAGUUCCCGGAUGAUUUAGCACUGGAAUCUAAUCCAUCUGAUCAUCCCAGAGCAAGCACAAUUUUCCUGAGCAAGUCUCAAACAGAUGUGCGAGAGAAGAGGAAGAGUAACCACAUCAAUCAUGUUUCUCCUGGGCAGCUUACGAAAAAAUACAGCUCAUGCUCAACAAUAUUUAUAGAUGAUAGCACCGUCAGUCAACCUAACCUUAGAAGCACAAUAAAGUGUGUAACAUUAGCAAUAUUCUACCAUAUAAAGAACAGAGAUUCCGACAGGUCACUGGAUAUUUUUGAUGAAAAAUCUCAUCCUCUCACACGGGAGGAAGUUCCAGACGACUACUACAAGCAUGAUCCUGAUCACAAGCACAUCUACCGGUUUGUUCGGACACUUUUCAGUGCUGCACAGCUGACAGCUGAAUGUGCAAUAGUGACACUGGUUUAUUUGGAAAGGCUUUUAACCUACGCAGAGAUUGACAUAUGCCCUAGUAACUGGAAGAGGAUAGUCCUAGGAGCUAUUCUGCUGGCUUCUAAAGUCUGGGAUGAUCAGGCUGUGUGGAAUGUGGAUUACUGCCAAAUAUUGAAGGACAUUACUGUUGAGGACAUGAACGAGAUGGAAAGACACUUCUUGGAGCUACUGCAGUUUAAUAUCAAUGUUCCUGCCAGUGUUUACGCCAAAUACUACUUCGAUCUUCGCUCCCUAGCAGAUGACAAUAACCUGAGCUUUCUGCUGGAGCCUCUCAGUAAAGAGAGAGCACAGAAACUGGAGGCUAUCUCCCGGCUGUGUGAAGACAAAUACAAAGACUUGUCAAAAGCUGCUAUGAGACGAUCUUUCAGUGCUGAUAACUUAGUUGGUAUCCGCCGUUCUAAUGCCAUCCUCUCCUGAGGAGAGAGAAAGGUGCAGCACCAUGAACCAGCAUCCAUAUGAAUCAGAGGAAUACCACCACUCCAUGCACACAAGCCAGCGGUGAUGGUGUCUUCCAGCAAGAGGAGGAGAGGAGGGUAGACUAGCCAAGGGAGCCCAGAGCUUGAGGAGCGUACUUGGUGCAAGACAAGACCUUUGUCAAAUCAACUCUCUCCUCCUUCUAAUGUAUCCAGAGGUGCAAAAACAAACUUCUCUCCCCCACAGAUGUUUGCUUACUAUGUAGGCCUAUAGCUGUGAACUCUUGAGGUUUUUAAUAAUAAGUAGUUUUAAAUUUUAGAAUUUAAACACUAACCACAUGACUAUAGUUACAAUGUUCUUCCCUCCUCUCCCCUGUCCAGAGUCUUGCUGCAUUUGUAUUUCAGGUCAAUGCAGUGUUAACAAAAACAAAACAAAACAUGGGACUCUCAAAGUAUAAAGCCACUGUGGAGCUGAAAACAGUAGCAUAGACACAUGUUGACGGCUUUUUCCUGGUUUGGCUACUAAAAGCUGCUAUUAUUGGUGAUCUCUUAAUAACUAAGAAGCUGCCCAGCAGGAAGGAAUUCCAACUCUGCACCCACAACUUCACUCCAGUAGAGAUUGUCAAAAGACUUUGAAUGUUUUGACUGGGGGCAGAGAUAUGGUUUUAUGUAUUGUUAAAAUGUGUAGGGUCCAUGCUGCAUUUCUUGUGAAUUAUGGUGCUUCUCUCAUUUUCUAAUACUUCUAUUGCUCUGGAAGAGAUGCAAUCUGUAUAUUUUUCUGAGGCAUUGAAUGAGAAAGUUGGUUUGGAAACAUCAUCACCAUCCCAAACAGUGUAGCAAUCCAGUGGUGAAUGGCGUGUGUGCAGCACUGCUUCUCCGAGUUCUACUGCAGGGCUCUUGUGCUAUAUACAGUGGAGUUCCUAAAGCUGAUAUUGUGCAUCCAUCUGGCUCUCCUUGGGUUUUUGUUUCCUGGGAGGGAUUUACAUUCAUAAUGAGACAGUAAUGAGUUUGAGAACCCUGGACUACCUAACAAGGUAAAUUGAAAAAUAUUGUGUUCAAUUGCGAAUUAUCAAAAAGCUUUCUAUAAGACCCAUUUUUAAUUUUUUUUUUGUUUGUUUUUUGCAAAGUGAACUUUAUCUUGUGCAACUGCUCUAGAAGCUUGGAUUAUGCUCUUUCUGAGACUUUGGAAUGGAGCUUACUUUCAGGCUCUGAAACUGAACUCUAAACAGGAUAAGUAUUAUUAGACUCUUCCUGUUACAAGUCUUUGUAGUAUCUUGCUUUCUUGGAUCCAAAUAGAUUCUAGGCGGUUUGUCCUAGGAGCAGAUCUCCCUCCGAAUGGCACGGGUUUUGUGCACUUCCUCUUCCAGCCAAGGCCCAGAAACUUACGCUGAAUAGCAAGUCCAUAUGCCUUUGAGAGUGGGGUUGUCUGAGUGUAAUCAUCAGUUUGGCUGCACUCAACUGUUAAAAUGAUGCAUAUAGUCUUUUGCGGUAUGCAAAUAUGCCAGCCCCUGGCUCCCAAAUCUGGAACUUGGCACUUCAGGUAUUGAUCACAAUUCAAUUUUGAAAAUGACCCUACAUCUUCAGGUGGUUUUCCUUUCUCAGUUUGUAUUAAAAGAAAAGCUAAUAAACUCUAUUUUAA